UUUUUGAGUGACAGCUUAAUUUCCCAAACAGGAAGUGGCUCUUAAUGUGUAUAUUUUUUAUUAGGCAUACACUCUGGAAAUUUUAGAAAGAAUAAAAACAAGAGUCUACUGGAUUUCAGUCAUUUUAUUUAAAAUUGUGUAAUUAGAGCAGGGGACACAUACUGUCUUCUCAGCAUUUGUAAAGUUGGGGCAGGAUGAUUAGGUGGUCAUAUCUGCAACAUAGCAAGUUCAAGGGCAGCCUGGGUGGCAUGAGUCCCCCCUCUCAAAAACAAGACAAGCGGCUCCCGGCUGCGUCCGCCGAGUGAGGCCACGGGCGCGGGGGGUGGGAGGCCGGGAGGGGGCCGGGACGCCGGGCUCGGGGGCGGGGGCGGGGGGCGCGGGGACCCCGGUGGCGUCGGCGGCGGCCGUUGGAAACCGCGGGGCCGGUUAAGCGGCUGCGGAGCCCGCGGCCCGGAGCGUCCGCCCAGCCCUGAGAGAGGCCCCGCAGGGCGCCCCCCGCCGCUCAGGAUGAGUCACUGCAGCAGCCGUGCCCUGACCCGGCUGAGCAGCGUGUUUGGUGCCUGCGGCCUGCUCCUCCUGGGCAUCGCGGUCAGCACGGACUACUGGCUGUACAUGGAGGAGGGGACCGUUUUGCCGCAGAACCAGACCACCGAGGCCAAGAUGGCGCUGCACGCUGGCCUCUGGAGAGUCUGCUUCUUUGCAGGUCGGGAGAAGGGGCGUUGUGUGGCUUCCGAGUACUUUCUUGAACCAGAGAUCAACUUGGUGACGGAAAACACGGAGAAUAUUUUGAAGACGGUACGCACGGCUACUCCCUUCCUUAUGGUUAGUCUUUCCCUUGUGUUCACCGCCUUUGUCAUCAGCAGCAUCGGCCACAUCCGACCUCAGAAGACCAUUCUGGACUUAGAGUCUGGCAUCUUCUUCAUUGUAUCAGGCCUCUCCUUGAUGGUGGGCUUGGUUCAGUACAUCUCCAGCAUCAAUAAUGAGGUCAGGAACAGGCCCAGCAGCUCUGAGCAGUACUUUCACUAUCGACACGGGUGGUCGUUUGCCUUCGCUGCCUCCUCUUUCCUUCUCAAAGAGGGGGCCGCAGUCAUGUCCAUGUCCGUGUACUUAUUCACCAAUCGCUAUGCGGAGGAGGAGAAGUAUCGCCCGCACCCGGCCUUCUACCGCCUGCGUCUCAGCAAUUGCUCUGACUACUCGGGCCAGUUUCUGCAGCCCAGCGACGUCUCCAUCCAGAUGACGCAAAAUUACCCUCCAGCCAUCAAGUAUCCCGACCACCUCCACAUCUCCACUUCAGCGUGCUGAGGCUGGGCUCCCAUCCUCUCCUCUUCCUCCUCCUUCCCCUCCCCUGCCCUUCCCCCCACGCGGCCCCAAUCCCUUAAGGGACUCUUGGCUGGGGGCUGCUGUGCCGCCUCCAGGCCCCAACCCAUCAUCCUCAUUUCGAUGGCUCCCUCUUCCCAACUUCUCCUCAUUAGUCCAUGUAGUCCUAGAUAGAAGAGCUAGCUAGGAAAAAUCCUGAACUAUUGGCCAAACAGUGUUGUAAUUAAUAUGGUUUUGUGUGAUUAUUCAAAUCUGGGCAGCCUGGAAACAAAUGAGCCAUCUCUGGUUACACUGCUGUCCGUGUAACAUGGCUGAACACACCAACGCCAACCUUUUUCCACAGAGCUUUGUGAGGCCUGUCUCUGGAUGCACAGCUGAAAAUGCUCGGGCCUGCCAGUCUGCCUCUUGGGCGAUUUUUCUAGCUCACUGACUGGAAGGGGCCAAGAGGUACAACUGUCUGUUGCUUUUCCUGCAGUCCAUGCAAGACAGAAUCAUUUCUGUUAUUUUAUUUAUGAAUUCUAAGCAUUACACUCCAGAGCCAAAAUAACUGAGUUGUACAUUUGUGGCUCCCUGUGGUUCAUGUCUAAUGAGGUCAAUCAAAAUCGAGGCCAAAUCCACCGUCUAUUAUUUAUAAUUUAUAUCAGCUUCAAAACAGAUGGGGCAUUUUAGGGUAACACAUGCAGGAUACAGUAUGUUUAAAGCAUGUACAAAGACAGUGUUAGAGAGAACGGUAUAGUAUGGCAUUCAAUCCAUGAAGCUUGGUAUGAUGAUGAAGGGUCACAUUACAAUGAGGAGGGGUCACAUGUCUCAUGUGAAACCUGGGGUAAAUGUGACAUGUGCUAAGGCCCUUGGAUCCAGAGUGCUUCCUCCCCCCUAUUUCUUCACUCUUCCCCCUUUAUCUUGAUUAGUAUAAUACAAAACACUGGGCUUCUUUUUGGGGCCGUCCCUCCCAAUUCCUCCUGGUCUUUCUUUCAAUAAGUAAAACAACCCAAACAUAGAAUCAUAGGAUGGAAGGACCACACAUAGUAGAAACCCAGUUACAACUCACUUGGAAUGAUAAUUUAAACAAUGUGUUCAAGGUCAUUAGUAGUCACAAAAUGGCUCAUCCCAAAAGGUUGUGCCCCAAUAAAUGGUAAGUGUUCACCCUUUGGCUGCUGAUCGCUUACAGACUUUGGUGAUGGGGUUUUCUUAGUUGUUUUAAAAAGAGGGAAAAACAACUGGGUGGUGGUGGUGCAUGCCUUUAAUCCCAGCCCUCGGAAGGCAGAAACAGGUGGAUCUUGGUGUGUUCGAGGCCAGCCUGGUCUACAGAGCAAGUACCAGGACAGAGCUUUCCAAAGCUACAGAGAAAUCUGCCUUGAAAAAUACAAAACAAAUAAAUAAUAGAAAGAAAAAAGGAAAAAAAAUAGGGGAAAACCAAAUCUUACUGAUUAACCCACCUAGUGAACUUAUUAGGUCAUUUAAUAAAUUCUUAGGUAUGACAAUGAUUAAAUUGUGGACUUCACCCUGUCCUUUAGGGCUUCCCUCCUUUCUUACUACUUGCCCAUAAGAGCAAGACUUAAUCAUAAUAACCACAAAGCCAGAAAUAACCCAGAAACCACAUCCGCACUCUCAGACAACCUAUAAAUCAUCUUAAACAAGUUGGUAUCUUAAGGUUUUUCCCAGACUCUAAAAUUUCCUCUUCUUUCUAAAGGCUCCUGAAUCCAAAGCUUGCCUUGUCUUUGACAACCACAAAGAAAUCUCAAUCCAAAGUGUAAAAGAAAUGAUGUCUGUGGGAUCAGGAUUAUGACCCCAAGCAGGAGUCUUUAUAGCAUUAACUUGACUCAUCUAGAUUGCAUACAAAGUACAGAAUUCUGAACUUAAAAAAUAAACAUCCCUGGGACUAGACGGACAGCUCAGUACUUGAGAGUGCUUACUGCUCUUCCACAGGACCAGGUUUUGUUCCUGGCACCCAUAUCAAGUGACCCCAAACCAUAUGUAGUUCCCAUUCCAGAUCUGAUAUUCUCUGGUCUUGGUCACCUGCAUGCACAUGCUGUGUGUAAACUCAUGCAAACUGUCACACACACACACACACACACACACACACACACACACACACACACACACUUUUUCAAUGUUCCAGGGAGCUGAGGAGAUAGUUUAGUUGGUAAAAUCCUUGCUGGGCACUGAGUUUGCAUCUGGAGCAGCUGUAUAGAAGCUGGAUGUAACGAAGCAUGCGUGCAAUCUGUGACACAUGCAAGUGAUAUAACAGGGAGAGACGGGGAUUGCUGGAGAGCCAGCCCAGAAGAAUUGGGAAGAUGGAGGUUCAGUGAGAAAACCUCUCAUAUCAGCAAAUAAGGAGGAGAAAGAGUAAGGAAGACCCCAGUGUGGAACACAUGGCCUCCACAAUGCAUGCAUGCAUGCAUAAUCUACCACACAAUCACACAUGCACACACACACACACACACCUUUUCCAUAUGCUAUCUAAACUACCAAGUGUUUCAGUAAGAAAAAUGAAAUAUUCUACAUUUUAUUGGUGAACUCCUACUGUAAGUGGGUGGUUGAGGAGAAGCGAGAAGCAGAGUAUUGAUUUGCUUUGUUUUUUAAGGCAGGCCACUCUAUAUAGCAUCCAAAUAGCGUAAAACAUUCAUGUUUGGAACUUAUAUAUUAAAAAAAUCAUGAAAUUAGAGCCUAAGUCAUAAAACAAGAUGACAGUGGUCAGGUGGUGUAUCUAAGAAAUAGAAGGCUUGCCUAGCAUCCACAAGGCUUUGGGUUUAAUCCACAGCAUCUCAAAAUAAACAAACGAGAGCAAACAAACAAAAACCUAGAUGCCCAAACAGACAUCAUUUGUAAUCCCUAAACCAUGCAGGCUUAAAUGAACUUGAGACACUAAGUAGGCAAAUACAAUAUGUCAUGUACCAGUUACUCACAAGCUGUGGUAAAGCAGGGGAUAAAAAGAUGAUCCUUAAGAACCCCCAAACACAAAUAUCUUUAAUUAUGAUAGCUAUAUGCAUUUAUUUGUAUAUGUAGAAAAAAUAGUACCACUGUAUUGCUGUUUAGCACAGAGCUAAAUUUAAUACAAAGUUGUGUUAUUGAUCAAAACCAUAGCAUACUGCAAUUUCAACCAUGACAGAAAAUGCGGCUACGAGUCCCAAACGAGCAACGUUCAGGAAAUGGUACCAUAGCUACCUCCCCAGCAUCUCUGCCAUGUUUACAGUGUGCUUUAAGUUAAGGGCUUCAUGUAAAGACAGUGUGGUCCUUGUAGAUGGUGCAUCAGGAGAAGCACUGUCCCACAAUGCUUUCCUUUUCAUGCUCGGUAGACGCGAGUCUGUAGCAUUUUGAUUCAACCAGGGGGAAUUUAUCAGAGACUUACCGUGUCUAAUGCUCUUUCACAGGCAAUUUUGAGGAAUAUGAAAAUCUUUUUGAAUUACCCCAUUUAAAAACAAAACAAAACUUAUUUUGAGCAGGGUGGUGGUAGUGCACACCUUUAAUCCCAGCACUUGGGAAGCAGAGGCAGGCAGAUCUCUGUGUGUUCAACGCCAGCCUGGUCUCUAAGAUCUAGUUCCAGGACAGCUAGGGCUAUUAGAAAACUCUUGUCUCGUAAAACCAAAUAAAUCAACAAAUAAAUCUUAUUUGGGUCAGGGAAUGCUGGAGAGACGCACAGUGAUUAAGAGCACUAACUGCUCCUCCCGAGGACCAGGGUUCAGUUGCCAGCACCCACAUGGCAGCUCGUAUCUGUCAGUAACUCUGAAUCCAGGACUUCUGACACCCUAACGUUCAAGUAAAACACCAAUGAACAUAGAGUUAAAAACAAAAAGGAAAUCUGUUCUGAAAUUCAGGUUUGCAAAUUAUUAAAGUUAAGUGAAUCCUUAUGAAUGUGUCAAUUCGGGAAAAUAUUUAAAACCGAGGAAACAAAUUCAGACUGAAGUUUAAGCGACUCUCCCCUAUGAGAGAUAAGAGAAAUGGGAGUCUGAAACUGAGUGUGACUCUGCAAGAUAGAAGAAAGUGGGACUCCAGAAACCAAAUGAAAAAUUUAGAUAAUUCCAAUCUGCAAUUCAACCAAUCCAUAAUCUUCACAAUUGCAUUUUUCUCUUCUGGAAUUUGAGUAUAUUCUCAGUGUUCCUUGUAUUUUCAGAGUUCUUUCAUUUCUUCAAAUGUCUUAAACAAAUGUCUUUCUCGUGUCCCUAGCUGUAAGUGCAAUUUAAGUACAGUAUCCUCUUCCUGCCACCUCUACCUCACAGGACACCGAGUGUUCAGGGACCGUCAAAUGUGACUUAUUUAUUUAGUUUUUUUGAGACAGGGUUUCUUUGUAGUUUGGGCCCCUGUCCUGGAACUAGCUCUUGUAGACCGGGCUGGAUUCAAACUCACAGAGAUCUACCUGCCUCUGGUUCCCGCAUGUGCACCACCACUGACUGGCAAUUGUGACAUUUUAGAUAGACAAGAACAGUACUUUUUUUUUCUUCAAAGCAUGGAGUGAUGGUUCUUUGAAGAUGGACGCUGAAAAGAAAUCCCACACUAGCUCAGAAUUGAGACUAGAGGGUUAUUUAUUUAGGGGUAGACUCACAGAUCAAUAUCCUCUGCUGGAACAGAGAACAACAAUCAAAUCCCGCAGCCGGAAGAGGCCCGACGGGAGCUUUACAUCGGCAUAAAUAGUAUGAGGCCACGCCCAACUGGGCGGGUAACUUAAAGGCUACUGACAAUAGGAAUUCCUAUGGUUCUUUUAUUAUUACUUUGUAUGUGUGCCUACACACACGUCUGUGCACCACAUGUGUGCUGCCUGGUGUGUGCAGAGGCCAUAAGGUGUCAGAGGCCCUGGAACUGGACGUAUAGAUGGGCUUGUGGGUGCUGGGAAUCGAACCUAAGUCCUCUGCAAGAGCAGCCAGUGCUCUGAACUACUAAGCCACCGCUUCAGCCCAGCCGUAUGAGUUCUUUAGUUGGGAGUGGGGGCACACACACCUUUAAUCUUCACACUUGGGAAGCAGAGGCGGAUUUGUGAGUUCAGGGCAGGUUCUGUAGGCAGGCAUGCAAGAGAUACAUAAACAUUGUCCCUUACACAAAGUUUUAUUUAGGUCAGCAAGAUAGCUCAGUAGGGAGUGGCACUUGUAACCAAACCUGACUGAGUUCAGUCCCUGGAACUCACCAAGUGGAAAAAGAGAAGCAACUCCAAGGUGACCACUGAUCUCCACACUCAAGCCUAAACGGAAGGUCUUGACCGUAGCAUGAUCUAGUUGUCUUAAUACAAACUCAGAGUCAGGUAAAGGGGUUAAUGCUGAAGAUCAGAGAAGCAGAGGGGCCAGCCACUAGAAAGUUCUUUUACCUCUACUAAUGCUCAGACCAAAUAGGAGAUCCUGUCCUCCAACUGCCUCUCCAGACUCCAGCUGUCUCCACUGAACCUCAGACUGCAACGAGUUCCUGUCUCCUCUGGUCUUAUAUUCCUCUCUCCGCCGGCCAUAUCCCUCCUGUCACGUCCUUCCUAGUGCUGGAUUAAAGGCGCACCUCCCCUGUCUGGCUCGCCGGGAUUAAAGGUGUGUGCCACCAUUCCCUGGCUUCCAGUGGCUUACCUCUGUGCUCUGAUCUUGAAGCAAGCUUUAUUUGUUAAAACACAAACAAGGUAUCACACUUUGCUACCCCUAUCCAAGGUUCAGCGAUCUAAGCAGAAAGAUUGUAAUUACUGGAGGUGGUGGGUAAAUCCACGGAAACAGCAUAUUCCAUACACAAAACAGCCGAUGGACAGAGACUGACUGAGACAAGCCUGCCCCAAUUCAAGUCAGACAAAAAUCCCAGCCCAGAGAAGGAAAGCAGGCACCGAGUUCCACCUCUAAGCAAGAAGCCCAUUGCAACUGAUAAUGGGGAGGGAUACUGGGCAUUUCAACUGCACUCUAGGGCAGGUUCAGCAGUUAGUCAACAGAGAACGGGUCCAUGAUGACUGUGCACGUGUGUUAUUUAAGAAGUCGGGAGAUGGGAAGAAUACAUCAAAAUACAUUGUAUAAAAAAUGGAUUGUAUGAAAAAUGGAAUAAGAAAAGCACGGGAAACUAGAUUAACUUUUCAGAUGCCUCAUGACAUUGGUCUGGAAUCAACUUUAACUAAGUGAUUGUUUCUAAGGUGUUCCUAACUGUCCAGCUGGCGUGCAUGUUCACUGCAAAAGAUCAUGAGAAGCAGUUUAUGAUUCUGACUCCCUACAUAACAGUGUGGGUGUGGGUAUGUGCAGAGAUAAGUUUCUUUCCAAGAAACCAGACGAACAAGUUUUGCUCUCUCUCCUUGGCUGUCCCUGUGGCCUUCUGCAGACCUAUCAAGCUUUCCAGUCUGGGGUCAGCUUGAAAUCUCCUUUCUUAAAUCCAUAAAUGCAAAAUAAAUGCUAUUCAGGUUAACUUAUGUUUGGCCAUGGCGCUUAAUAUAAAAGCAGGGAAGGGGUUCUCCUUUGUUCAGUCUCUGACCUUAAAGUUCUUUGUUUUAUUAUCUCGUGGGUGUAUUUUUCUUCAUUUAAAAACAUAUUUUGGGCUGGGUGGUGGUGGUACACACCUCUAAUCCCAGCACUUGGGAGGCCAGAGGCAAGCAGAUCUCUGUGAGUUCGAGAACAGCCUGGUCUACAGAGCGAGUUCAAGGACAGGCUCCAAAGCUACAGAGAGAAACCCUGUCUCAAGAAACCAAAAACCAAACGAAACAACAACAACCCCCAAAAGCCCCGUCAAAACCAUAUUUUGCUGCCAUUUUCAAUUGUUUUCAUCAGCUUCGUUGAGCCUGGCAUCUAACCCGCUAUUGUUGCAUGAGAGAUUUAAUUAAAUUGUUGAGUAAUUGCUUACACGGUUUCUUUAAAUAAUGUGUUUUGCCAGAGUAUUUAAAGAGUUGCUUUACAGGUUAUUAAUUUAACUGCUUACAGUCUAGAAGCCAAACAAUAAACUAAAUUAUUUGGAACCCUAAUAGUUGAGAAAGAAUUAAACCUAUCCACGGUCUGAGCUCGUGCAAUUCCUGCUGCUACAAUCCCAACCCAUGCUGGGCAGUCUCGUACCUGGCUCGUCAAGAGCUUAACUAUAUAAUCUUUGCCUUUAGCUUUGGGGCUUUGUGUGCCACACCCAGAAGCCAGAGGCCGUAAACCUCCUCCAGCUUCCCACCUCACCCAGACUGUGUGAGAAGAAACACUUCUGCCCCAGGGCCUUGGCAUGUACUAUUCCUGGUGCUUGGUGCUAUCUCUUCUUAUUUAGCUCUGUCUCCAAUCCCCAUUCAGGACUUGUUCAGAUGUCAUCUUCUCAAUGAGACUUUCUCCAACUGUCUAAAAUGGAAACUUCUCUUCACGCCCAUCCAGCAUUCUACAAUGCAAUCCCCUGCUCUGUUCCACUCCACUGUAUUUAUUGUCUAAUACACUAUCUCAGUCUGUGAGUUGAUCUUUAUAGACUCUCGGCACGCAAGUGAGGCAGCGGUUUACUUGGUAACAAUAUAUAAUGAUUUAUACAUGCCGUUUAUUAUCUGACUCCGUGAGGACAGGGAUUAUUGCUCUUUGGGUUUAUUACUAUAUGCCCAGUGUCUAAGACGAAGGGCUAACAUGUGAUACAUGCAUAAAAAAAGUGCUUUGAGUAAAUAGAAAUCGCUAUUAAUAUACAAUAAAAGAUCACAGAAAAGGAUUGUUUGUUAAAAAAUUGUUUUCUACGGUUUGAGAAACAGAAGACAUCCCAAAAGGCCGAGUCCUCAAUGACUGCUCUUCACAAAAGCAAUGUCAUUAAAAUUCAAAUUUUGAGCAUCUUUGCACUAUUCCAAAAGGUACCUUUAUCUGAAUGACAGUAUUUUGAACUCACUGGACGAGCAGUACUUUUGGCUCACAAGCCCCUGGUGUGACUCUCCAAACAGUCAUUUAAUAUAGAUCCAUGUGUUCAAACAAAAGGGAAAAUAUACUUGGUCGUUGUUGUGAGAGAAUAGCUGAGGAACAGAUGAGCUUCCUGAGCACCAGUGAGACUCGGCCCAGCAUGCGAAAGCAGAAGGGUUGAACCAACAGAUAAUGAGUUCCUGUCCAGCCUCUAAUUCCUGGAUUUGGGGUAAUCUUCCUGCAGAAUCUCUCUGCAGUCUGCCUUCAGAUUUCUUCAUCUGUAUGCAGCUCUGUUUAUCGCCUGUGAAAUGUCUAAAAAGGCUUAUAGGAAUAGUUCAUUACCAAGAAUACCCCACUCUUGUUAAAACUAAUCACACACGUUGGAAAGGUGAAGGGAAGCGCAAGUACUUCUCUGUUGUUCCCAUCAGCUCUUGCGAAAGAGCACAGAGUUGACCCUCCCUCCUCUCCGGAUCUCAGCAGUCUUCCCAGUCCUCCAGAGACCUUGAGUAGCAGGGCUCUGCCCAAUGUGGUCUAACGCUGGCUCUCGUUUUACAAAUUGCAAGCGUGGGUUCUCUGGGCCUUUUACUGACGUGGUUUUUCUCACCAUUGCACUCACUGUGGAACAGCUGUGCUCUGUAUCUAAGAGAUUAUCAGUAUUAACAAGACAGAGGCUAGUUUGUCUGCUAACUAUCAGAUCUUCCCAUUAAAGACAGUGAGAUUCGGGGCAUAGCUGAAUAAGCAAGAUCUCUGGAGGACGGGAGAAUAGGAGGAUGGCUGUUUGAAGCUGCCUGCCUGCUCGCCCGGGCAGGCGUCUAUAGGCACACGCUGGAACAGGAUUUAC